CGGCCGCUCACGUGACCGCGGCCGCGAUGGCGGAGGAGGAGCGCGCGCUGCUGGGCUCCGGCAGCGGCGGCGAUGGCGGCGGCUCCUCCCCCGGGCCCCUCCGAGCCCUCCCGGCCGUCUGCGACCCUCGGCGCCUGCCGCACCGCCUCCUGGUCCUCGCGCUCAUGUGCUUCCUGGGCUUCGGCAGCUACUUCUGCUACGACAACCCGGCAGCGCUCCAAACGCAGGUUCAGCGGGAUAUGAAGGUGAACACAGCGCAGUUCAUGGCCCUCUAUGCCUGGUACUCCUGGCCCAACGUGGUUCUUUGCUUCUUUGGAGGCUUUCUGAUAGACAGAGUGUUUGGGAUACGAUUGGGCACUAUAAUAUUCAGUGUCUUUGUGUGUGUCGGGCAGGUAAUUUUUGCUUUGGGAGCACUGCUUAACACUUUCUGGCUGAUGGACAUGGGCAGAUUCAUAUUUGGCAUAGGGGGCGAGUCCUUGGCAGUGGCACAGAACACCUAUGCAGUCAGUUGGUUUAAAGGCAAGGAGUUAAACCUGGUGUUUGGAUUGCAGCUGAGCAUGGCCAGAAUUGGGAGCACAGUGAACAUGAAUAUCAUGGGAUGGAUAUACUCCAGAGUCCGAGAUCUCGUGGGGUAUACUGGUCCCACUACUCUUGGGCUGACUCUCAUGAUAGGUGGAAUAACCUGUCUCUUUUCACUGGGCUGUGCUUUAACCCUUGCUUAUCUGGACAAGAGAGCAGAGAAGCUGCUUUGUAAAGAGCAAGGGAAGACGGGUGAAGUGAUUAAGCUAACUGAUGUGAAGGACUUCUCUCUGUCCUUGUGGCUCAUAUUUGUCAUCUGUGUCUGUUACUAUGCAGCGGUUUUUCCUUUCAUUGGACUUGGAAAGGUUUUCUUCAUUGAGAAAUUCAAGUUCUCAUCUGAAGAGGCAAGUGCAAUCAACAGCAUUGUGUACAUCAUCUCAGCUCCCAUGUCCCCAGUCUUUGGAUUCCUGGUGGAUAAAGUUGGAAAGAAUAUCAUCUGGGUUUUAUGUGCUGUAGUAACUACACUGGCUUCUCAUAUUAUGUUGGCUUUUACCUUCUGGAACCCCUGGAUAGCAAUGUGUUUGCUGGGAGUGGCCUACUCAUUGCUUGCCUGUGCCCUGUGGCCCAUGGUGGCCUUUGUUGUUCCAGAACACCAGCUGGGAACUGCUUAUGGCUUCAUGCAGUCUAUCCAGAAUCUCGGUCUGGCAAUUAUUGCUAUAGCAGCUGGGAUGAUUCUGGACACUAGAGGAUACUUGUUUCUUGAAGUCUUCUUCAGUGCUUGUGUUUGCUUGUCACUGAUAGCUGUAGUCAUGCUGUAUUUUGUGAAUCACCUCAGAGGUGGUGAUCUCAACUGGUCUGCAAAGAAAAGGGAAAAACUGCAAAAAGUAGCUGCCACUGAAGCAGAAGAACGAGAGAGUCUCAGACGUCAACGUGAAGAUGACUUGGCUAAAUUGCAGCCAAAAGCUGAUGACUUUAGUUUCAGGAAUAAAUACCUCUCCAAAUUAGGAGCUCAGCUACCAGCUACUUACUCUUCCUAUUCAUCGACUCUGGCGCACAGAAGCGUGUUGCAAUAGCAUCUUCUCCCCCUUACAAAAGCCAGAAAGGUUGGAAGUUCCUGGUACACAGAACUUUGUUUCCAGUACUGACAACUACCCCAGCAAAAGCAGAUUGAUGCACUGUCCUUUUCUGCAGGCAUAGACCCCAGUUUAAGAGUACUGGGAUGAGGCUCCCUCUCUGCACCCUGGGUAAAUAACACAGACACGGAUGAAGAGCCAUCUGCCUGUUUAGUUGAACCCAUGAACUCUACUACAUCCUCCUGUCUAAAGUGCUCAAUGAGUAGCUGGAGUCAAUGGCUGUAAGACUUGAUCUCACUCCACAACACUGUCUAAAGUGUGAAAGCUUUGUUUCAGUAAUCAGAUUGCUUUGAAAUGAGCCUGGCUGCAGGUAAGGGUUACAAAGCCUCCCAAGUUGGACAACUUUGUGCUGGAAAUGGUCUGGUUUUCAUUUUUUUCUUCUAGGAAAAUGUGAACCAAAAGGACCUUUUGGGUUUGGUCCAAGCAAAUGUGUCAGAGGUAACUGCACUGUGAUUUCAGUGUUAACAGUUAAGCGUGUGCUGGCCCUGGAAUGGUGCAGUAGAUGUCAGGCUUAGCAAUAACCUCAUGUAAAUCCCAAUUAAUGUGAAAAUUGAUGUAUUUUUAAGAAGCUUUGGCUAAAAAAGAUGAAAAGACUGCAGUUCUUGUAUAGGAGUUUGCUGUCCAGGGGGAAAAUGUUGAAUUUCAUCAUGACACUUAAUGCUUUCCCCUCAUUUCCAUGCCAGACUUGUUGCUAGUUCCUUGUAACUCCUCCAGAGUCCAUUUUAAUUUGGUUGUGUUGCUCAAGAAAAAGCUCACUUAGGUAACUCGACAAACUGUUCCUCAACUAAGCUGAUCUUACUUGAAAAGGUAAGAGCAGGUGGCUUUCUGGAGCACAAAGUGCACCAAACCAAGAGCUGCUGUCAAGUGUAAGAUGCACAGGGCUGGGUGAGCUCUCCUUGGCUGGCUGCAGGGAGGGCUGGUGUGCCACCAGGUGCUUGAGAGCCUUUGAUGAAUCACAGAAAAAGGGGUUUAAUCAAAAUGUUAUGUUACCCCUCUAAUGUAUUUUUGCCUACAGUAAUUGAAGCAGACCUGGAGCUCAGGGCCUUAAGGGGCUCUGAAAAAGGUGGUUUUCAAUGGAGUUUCCUCUCAUCUUCCUGAAGGAGUAGGAUCAUCUUCCUGCAAGAUUAAAGACUGUUUGGGUUUAACAGAUUUGCUUCCUGAAGGACAAUCCAGGACCCUGGAGGAGCAGGUUGUGAGCUCUGCUGAGCUCAGUGCCCCAGAGCAGUACCACUCUGACCUGUGCUCAUCUUUAUUGGUGCUUUCUGUGCUCCCCCUGCAAAGCAAACACUGUCAGCUCUGAGCCUGGGUGCAGGCUGGCUUCUGUUUCCUUGCAGACUUGUGAAUCCUGGAUCUUUUUUAAUAAAACUGUUCAAUGCAUACUGACACUUG